AUGCGUGUUGGCCUCUUUGAUACGGGGCUGGUGCCCGUGUCGGAAGCGUUGAUUAUUAAGUUCAUGUCGUGUUUGAUCUUGAUUUUCUUGGCGUUUGGCGUAGCGGUGGAUCCGAGACAGGCAAAGGUCUUUGACCAUGCGACGUCCCCGUGGUUUGUGGGGAUUGUGGUGGGUGUGGUGAGGUGGGGGACUGCGUGGACGAGAGACGGAUAUAUAGGUGCCAGUGUAAAUCCCGCGAGAUACUUUGGCGCCUAUGUGGCUUCGCAUUUUCCUGGCUAUCAUUGGAUUCAUUGGGUAUCCGACCGCCGAUUGGCUGCCGCAUUCUAUAACUCUCCCAGAGCCAAUCAGGGCGGGCGGCGGAAUUAUGCUGCGGAAAGCAGCUCAAGUAUGCAGGAGGAAUGUUGCUCCUUGCAAUUCUCUAAGCGUGGAAUCCGGCCCUUUUGCCCCUGCCAAUUGCCCUUCCACGCUUUGCCAUUCUUCCUUCAACACCUCCCCGAUGUGAAAUCCGGUCGCUCUCGAGGAAUGGCAUCAACCCCGGAGAUUCUGUCCACGGUGACGGGCGUUCUGGUCCUGGUUUUCAUUGUUGUUAGUAGUGCUCCGGCGGUAUGGAAGACUGCUCGUCGGCUGAGAAGGGAUUCGCAAUUCUUUCGCGUGGACGCGUCGUCCAUUGUCCAUCCCGGAUACGAAGAUGAAGACGGUGAGGCGUCUGAAAGCUCCCUCAAGGCGUACUCAGAUACGUGGCAGAAGGUCGUUAUUAUAUUGUUGUCUGUGAUCGGAUUGGAAUUGUCGUUAGCUCUCGCGGUCCUGACGCUCCAAUCCAAACACCAUGGGCAUUUGGUGGUCCCUUUCUGGCUCCAGACAGCGGGUUGGAUGGUACAAUGUGUUCAGUCGACCGCCUUUUUCACGGAGCCGUCCACCGUGAAGCGGUAUACCCUCGGCCUCCACGCAUUCUGGACAAGCGCGCUGACAAUUGUCGUAUCCUGCUUGAACAUUUUCAUCCCAUGGUGCGCCAGUGAUGACGUACAUAUUGGCCGUGCUAGCACCUGUCUGCUUGUCAGCCAGACAGUCGUAGCUGCAUUACGUGGCCUUUGCUCCGUUCUGAUUCCGCGUCGACCAGACAUCUACUUUGAUGGUCAAGUUGUAGACCAGGAGCUUACGGUCAAUGCCUAUAGUCGAUUCACCUACGGAUACGUUACCGGCCUGUUGGAGUAUAUAGGACAAAACAAGGACCUGGACAUUGAUAGCUUGCCAAAACUACCACGUGCAGCCCGCGCCCAGACCCUACACACUCGCUUGGAACAGAUACGGGGGACAUUAAAACUAUGGAAAGCCUUAAUCAUGGAUAAUAUGCGGCCGCUCACAAUACAGACGAUACUGAGCAUGGUGACUUGCGUCCUGGGAUUUGGGCCGCAGGUAGCGCUUUAUGGAAUACUCACUUCCCUUGAAGGAAGAUCGGCCGACUCCGGCCCAGUUACCCAAGCCUGGCUCUGGGUAGUGAUGCUAGGCGUUUUCCUCGUCCUUUCUCUUGGCAUUGAAUCAUGGCUAUGGUGGCUCAUUUACUCGCAGCUCUGGAUCCCAAUUUACGAGGGGCUUUCUGCGUUGGUGUUUGCCAAAUCGAUGCGAUGUAGGGAUGUAAAACACCGGAAAUCAUCUACGAACGUGGAGGGAGAGAUUGAGCAGCAGGGUGAACAGGAAAAGAGCCGUCAAAGUAUCAUAAAUUUGGCUGCAGUUGACUCAAAGCGCAUCGCCGAUUUUGCCACAUUUAACUAUCUAAUCCCCUCGUGCCUGAUGAGGCUGGGGAUUUCCAGUGCAUUUUUGGUGCACCUGAUCGGUUGGCGCAGUCUACUGGCUGGAGUUGCCGUCGCGGUUCUCCUGGCCCCUCUGAAUGCCUUCCUGACCAGAGGGUACACCUCCGUUCAGCAAGAUCUUAUGAAGGCGAGUGAUAAGCGUACCUCAGCCGUUACGGAAGUUCUUCAAGGAAUUCGCCAGAUCAAGUUUGCCGCCCUCGAACAGAAAUGGCAGGACCAUAUUUCCGACAAGCGAGCGGCGGAGCUGCGGUUGUUGUGGAAGACCAGUUUAUACACCACCGGCCUGGUCUCAGUAUGGAUUCUGGGGCCGCUAAUGCUCUCGGCAGUCUCGCUGACCGUGUAUGCAUUGCUUCAUGGUGAGCUCUCUGCCUCGGUGGCAUUCACAGCACUGUCGGUGUUCAGCAAUCUGGAAUCUGCGCUCGCAAGCUUACCAGACCUUUUAUCUCGAGCCAUGGAGGCAAAGGUCAGUUCGGGCCGUAUUGAUAAGUUCCUUGCAUCUGCCGAAAAGGCACCUCACACAAGUGAGGUUGAGGAGAUUGUAUUCGAGAAUGCCACACUUGCGUGGCCUGCAGAUGAGACCAGCGAGGAACAGAAGGACUGGGAGCGCGAUGACCGAUUCGUCUUGCGUCAUUUAUCCCUGCGAUUUCCCCCAAAGGGACUUAGCGUGAUUGCGGGUAAAACCGGGUCAGGCAAAAGCCUUCUCCUGGCCUCAAUCUUGGGGGAAUGUGAUGUGUUGAAUGGAUCUGUAGCAAUACCACAUUCUCCACCUCUGGAUGAACGAUUUGAUCACCGAGCCACGAGAGAAAACUGGAUCAUCGACUCAGCGGUUGCGUACGUUGCGCAGAACCCUUGGAUGGAAAAUGCCACUAUCCAAGAAAAUAUCAUAUUUGGACUGCCAUACAAUUGGUCCCGAUACCGCAAGGUACUGUAUGCUUCCGGUUUGGAGAAAGACCUUUCAGUGCUGCCGGACGGCGAAAUGACCGACAUUGGCGCAAAUGGCAUCAAUCUGAGUGGUGGACAGCGCUGGAGAGUCUCAUUUGCCCGCGCCCUGUAUUCCCGGGCAGGGAUCCUGGUGAUGGACGACAUAUUUAGCGCCCUCGAUGCAGAGACUGGGCGGCACGUAUACGAGCACGCAUUGACGGGCGAAUUGGGUCAGGGUCGUACGAGGAUUCUCGUGACCCAUCACGUUGGACUCUGUCUUUCUCGUACCGACUAUUGUGUUUUGCUCGAAAAUGGAUCAAUGGCGCAUGCUGGCACAGUGGAACAGCUAAGCAACAUCCAAGGUCUCACAGAUCUACUCCAGGGGUUGGUCAUGGACUCGGUAGUGAAGAAAAGGCAAGUAGACGAGGAGGACACUGCUUCACGUCGCAAGCGUUCAUCGGUUGGUCCGCCGGUUGCACAUAGCCACGGCAGCCCGCGGAAGUUCACUCAGGACGAGAAACGCGAGGCGGGAGCGAUACCUGCGAAAGUAUACAUAGCGUACCUGAGCAAGGGAAAGUGUCUGCCGAUCUGGGUGCUCACUUUUCUGGCGUAUGUGGUAUUCACAACUCUCCUGGUUGGUAGAUCCUGGUGGGUGAGCCUGUGGGCCAGCUCUUCUCAUACUUCGGCACAUCCAAUGCACACCGUCAGUCUGUGGCAUCACACAAUGACUUCUACACAGUCCUCUAUCGAUCCCGAUCUUGUCUUCUAUCUCAGUGUGUAUAUUGGGAUCUCCAUCGCCGCUUGCGUCGUAGGAACUCUCCGAACGCUAGCCCUCGCUUUUGCGUCUUUACACUCCUCUCACCAGAUGUUUGAGGACCUUCUGGCCGUUGUCCUGAGGGCACCACUACGUUGGCUGGAUACAGUGCCUCUUGGUCGGGUAUUGAACCGAUUCACUGGCGAUGUUUACAUGUUGGACUGGCGGCUUGCCUAUGACCUUGGUAACCUUGUGCUCAAGGUGCUAGAGCUUGUAGGCAUUCUAGUCGCGGGCGUCAUGGUGUCACCGAUUCUCAUGUUAUUUGCAGGUGUACUGCUGAUCGUCUGUAUGCAGAUCUCGUGGACGUAUUUGGGCGGCGUGCGGGAGCUCAAACGAUUAGAAAGCACAACCAAAAGUCCUGUUAUGGAACAAUUUGGUUCCAGUCUUGCUGGACUCACGACCAUUCGCGCUUUCAACAAGGUGGAGGUGUAUAUUCGCCAGAUGUAUGAGCGCAUUGAUCAUCAUGCCCAAGCCGCAUGGAACCUAUGGUUGUUUAAUCGAUGGCUCGGGUUCCGGAUGAGCAUUGUAGGAGCCAUCUUCUCGACUGCCACCGCGGCGUUUGUCGUGUACAUGCCGUCGAUCUCAGCUGCGCUGGCCGGGUUUGCCAUGAGCUUUGCACUGCAAUACAACUACGCUGUGGCCAUGGGUCUACGGUUUUAUGCCAAUGUGGAAAUGGACAUGAACGCCACAGAGCGGGUACUGGAAUACUCGGCCAUGGAGACUGAAGACCAGGGAGGUCAUGAACCACCCGCCGCGUGGCCUACAAGCGGACAGGUCGAGGUGGAGGACCUACAAGUGGGAUAUGCGCCUGAACUGCCACCAGUGCUGAAAGGGCUCAGCUUUACCAUCGAGCACAACCAGCGCGUCGGCGUAGUUGGACGUACCGGAGCCGGCAAGUCGUCUUUAACUCUGGCACUUUUUCGAUUUCUCGAAGCUCGUCAUGGACGCAUCGUAAUUGACGGGCUGGAUAUUUCGAAAUUGAAGCUGCAGGCUCUUCGUGGCCGUCUCGCUAUCAUUCCGCAAGAUCCUGUGCUGUUUUCAGGCACGGUGCGCUCUAAUCUGGACCCAUUCCACGAACACACGGAUCUCGAGUUAUAUAACGCGUUGGAACGAGUACACCUGCUCUCAUUCGGGGAUACGUCGACGCUUGGCUCCCAGCCAAGCCAGGACCUGCCCAGUGGCAGCGACACUCUGCCUCCAUCUUCGGCAUCCUCGGUAGCUGAGCAGAUGAAAUCCGGUGCCUUCGCAUCACUAUGCUCACCCAUCACUGAAGGAGGAUUAAAUCUCUCACAAGGACAGCGGCAGCUUCUCUGUCUAGCACGGGCGAUUGUGUCACAGCCUAAGAUCAUGGUCCUCGACGAAGCCACCUCAGCCGUGGACAUGGAAACGGACGCACUGAUCCAGCGUUCCAUCCGGGCCGAGUUCGGACGCAACUCGUCUUUACUAGUGAUUGCUCAUCGACUUAGCACGAUCGCCGAUUUCGAUAAGAUUCUCGUGAUGGACGCAGGCAGGGCAGUGGAAUUCGGGACUCCCCGUGAACUGCUCGAUAUUCGGGGCGGGGUGUUUCGGAAUUUGGUAGAGAAUAGUGGUGAGAGGAGUGUUGUGGAGGGGAUUAUUUUGAAAUAA